UAUGAAAAAUCCCGCCUCUUAAUAGAAAGAAGAGCCCAAAACAGUAACCUAUCUGUCAACUCAACUCUGCACGUAGGAACCUUCCUCUUCCCUUCCCUCCCCCCCGGCUCAAUUUGCAGCCUCAAUAAAAUCUUACCCACUUGUUCUUUCUGUGUUAUGUAAUCUUUUCUCUAAUGGACAACACCGAUGGAAUCACCAAACCAAGAAAUCAAGUCUCUAAUAAUAGCACCUAUGCUCGUGAUGGGAAGAUUUUGCUUUGUUCAGGUAUCAUCCUAUUCACUGUCCUUGUUGUCGUCGUUUGUUUCCACGGUUAUGCUCGUUGGAUCUUCAAACGCCGCCUCCGCAGCCGCCGCCAGCGCCGUGACCACCUCCUCUCUCCAUCCGUUACACCUGCCGCUUCCGGUGUCGCAAACAGAGCGCUUGACCCGUCUGUUUUGGAAACUCUUCCUACUCUGGUUUACAGUUCGAAAACGCAGGAGACUGUUCUCCAGUGCGCUGUUUGUUUAUCGGAAUUCGAAGAUGGUGAGAAAGGGCGAGUAUUGCCCAAGUGUGAGCACGCUUUUCAUAUUGACUGUGUCGACAUUUGGUUUCACACUCAUUCUAACUGUCCGCUCUGUAGAGCCCCGGUUCAAUCCGACAGAGUUUCCGAAACAUGUGCUGAAACUGUGGUGAAGUUGAUUGAAGAAACAUGUUUACAGCCAGAAUCGCGGCAGAAGAGAGAAGAUGAGAGGGGUUGCUCUGCUUCUUCCUUGCCGGUGAGUUUAUCCCAUGUGGAAAGCCACUGGAAGUCCUGUGAACGGGUGAGUAUAGUUGUGGAUGUACCCACAGGCACAGCCACAGGUGGUGGGCAUGGGCUUGGAUUCUACGGUUAACCCGCUCCCUCCUUCGUAACGUUGCGAACAUACAACCUGGUUUGUUGGGCUGGGCCAUUUUGAGUGUAGAUAAGUGCUCGCCCAAUUGAUAGUAGGUUCUGAUGUUUUUCUUUCCUCUUUGAGAAAUUAUUUUGUGUAUUCAUUUUAUUUACAAAGAAAUUAAUAUUAAUAUUGAUGAUC